UAUAUUCAGUUUGUAUCCCAGAUGGAUCUUUAUUUAUUCAAUCAAUUACAACAAGCUACAAAACGUUAGAUAAAUUGUGCUCAUAAUCUGUUAGUUAUGAAUAACAUUUUACUCUAGCUUGAAAAAGACAGUUCUAUAUGUGUUCUAUAUCAGUUAGCUUAGCUUUCAACAUGGCUUAGCAUCACUAUUGCACAUACAAAGUUAAUCUUGCCUCUUUAAACACGGAUGAACAACUACCUGUUUCGUGGAGUGAGUUCACAAUUAGAGGGAAAACACGCAUGUUACUGAAUAAAGAUCAUGUCGAACAAGUAAAAAGAAGACUCAGUAAUUAAGAAUUGGAAUGUACAUUUAAAAAUUAAUAUCCUGUUAUACAAUCGAAUAAUGGAAAACACGACUCUGUUUGAGAACUUUACGACACAUGACUUUUCGUCAAACGUAUCCGUAUCCGAAAUACCACGGCCUUCUACUACAGAUAUCCUUCUAAGAUUUGAGCCUUACAGUGUAUAUAUCGACAGAAUUGUAUCUCCAAUAUGGUACAUUAUAGGUCUUUUCGGAAAUCCGAUAUCUGCGAAAGUAUGGCUUGGAAGAAAGAGUCGUAAAAAUUCAUCAGCUAUAUAUCUUGGAUUACUUGCUAUUGUACACAUGUUCCAACUUAUCAUUCAUUUUUUAUUUGUGGAGUUAACAUACACGUGGGACAUCCCUACAAAUGACAAACCGGUAUUAUGUGAAACUUUGAACGUUUUAUCUAUUAUUCCCCAGUAUUUGGCGCCAUUACUGGUGUUGGGCUUUACUGUUGAACGUUAUAUUGCUGUUUGCCAUCCGUUUAAAAAGGAAACAUUUUGUACCGUCCGUAGAGCAAUUAUCGUCAUAGCAUGCUUUACCGCUUUAUCGGUUGGCUUUGCUUGUGUCCAAGCUGAUUUGUGGCACUAUUAUCCAGACUAUAAGAAGUGUUUUGCAAAAACGGAAAACCAAGAGUUUCAAACAAUAUGGACAGCCAUUACAGAAAUAAUGUUUUUCUUAGUUGUCCCCCUUUGUGUCUUGAUGUUUAAUAUUUUAGUUAUUAGAGAAAUAAAGAGGAUAACUUCACAUGGACCCGCUGUUUCAGCUGGUGGAAGUCAAACGUCUACCGUUACACUCCUUACAGUGUCAUUUUACUUUAUUUGUACUCUGUUACCAGCGUCUGUAGUAUAUGCCAUUCAAAACGAAAUGCCAAAUGGGAAAAUGAAAAACUUGCAAAGCUUAGAACUGAUUGCGACUGAUCCAGUUUGGUUGAGUUUUUUCACGUAUAUCGCAAUAAGAAAAGUUGUGGAAGAAAUAUGUUUAUCAAACAGUGCAUGUUAUUUCUUUAUUUAUUAUAUCACCGGGAAGUACUAUCGCCAACAAGUAAAUUCAUUUUUGGGGAUUGAUAAAUGCUGCAGAAAGUUUUCUGAUAAGGACUCCACAUUGUCUAGUGAGAAAACAAAAUACAGCCUUGUAUCAACUAACGGUAAUGGGAUGCAUGCUACCCAAAUAUAGAUCCAGUAUUUCGCUUAUAGAAGCUGCAAAUUUAUUUUACAUGUCUGACAGGUUGAGUUGGACAUUUGUCUAAAUUUAGUAAGGAUGUUGAAAUUAAAUAUACUUUUUUAUUGAUCCAUUUGAAAAUUUUCUGAUUAUAUCCAUUGUACAGACUCAUACAAUUUUUUUUCAGAAGGCACUGAAUGAAAUAGCUUUUUUCCUAGAUAUUCUAGUUGAGAUGUAUAUAAGUUCUAGCUUAGUGUAUUUACAUACAUAAUCGUACGACCUGUAUCACAAGCAAAAUGUUUGAAGCGAGCAAUUUUUGUUCUACAUUAAAAUAUUAAAUGUAUUCUUAAUUGUU